CAUAUCCAGUAUCUUACAAUUGUUCUUAUUUUGAGUUGUGCAGCUAAAACCCAGAUAGAACCCCAAAAACGAUUCGAAAUUAAUCCAUUAAUUUAAAACGCUAUGUUUGGCGCUUCUUCAAUUUUGUUCCCUCUAUCCACACAAGCAUCUCCUUACAUUUUUCCAAACUUAACAACUUCCACUUACCAAGAGUGUUUUAAGUUGAAGCAGAAUCUGGUAAAAGUUAAAAAGAAGAAUCGAUUAAUUGUGUUAAGCAGCAGCAGCAGCAGCGAUACGAGUUAUGAAGUUGGUGGUGGAUUUCCACUUAACGAACUUCUUAACCGAAAUAAAAACUCAGAGGAGGAUACUUCUGCUCAACGUGAAGCACUUCUUAAAGGUGGUGAUCAAGUUAUCUCCGUUCUUCAAGAAAUGAUUACCCUUUUGGAAGAUAUGGAUAUGGAUGAAGAAUCUGAGAAAGUAGCUGUGGAGUUGGCUGCACAAGGAGUUAUUGGUAAGAGAGUUGAUCAGAUGGAAUCUGAUUUCAUGAUGGCCCUUGAUUACAUGAUCGAGCUUGCUGAGAAGGACCAGGAUGAUAAGCGCAAGUCACUGUUGGAAGUUAUCAAAGAGACAGUAUUAUCACAUCUAACUAAAAAAUGCCCACCCCAGGUUCAAGUAAUUGGUCUUCUAUGUAGAACUCCCAAAAAGGAAAGUAGAUAUGAAUUGUUGCGCCGAGUUGCAGCUGGUGGAGGUUUAUUUAAAGGCGAGAAUGACUUGAAGAUUCAUAUCCCAGGGGCAAAUCUAAAUGACAUAGCUAACCAGGCUGAUGAUUUAUUAGAGACAAUGGAAACUCGUCCUGUUGUGCCAGAUCGUAAACUGCUUGCAAGGCUUGUUUUGAUUAGAGAAGAAGCUCGUGAUAUGAUGGGAGGGGGGAUUUUGGAUGAAAGAAAUGACCGUGGAUUAUAUACUCUACCUCCGGCUGAGGUGAACUUCUUAACUAAAUUGGUGGCCUUAAAACCUGGGAAAGUUGUGCUGGAUAUGAUAAGAAAUGUGAUGCUCGGAAAAGAUGAAGGUGCAGACAACUCUGGCAACGAUGAUGACGACAGGGUUUCAAUAGGAAUUACUGGAAGGGCAAGUGUGACAGGACGGAAGCCACAUCCUGUACGCCCUGGCAUGUUUCUCGAAACAGUCUCUAAGGUUUUGUCUGGUAUAUAUGCUGGAUCUGACAAUGGUAUCACUGCACAACAUCUGGAAUGGGUUCAUCAAAAGACACUUCAAGUCCUUCAGGAGAUAGCAUUUAACUAGUUCAUUCUCUAUCUCUAUUUCUCUUCCUAUAAUCCUAUUUUUUUUGUGGUGAAGAAGAAUGGCUCAAUGUAGUUACACUUUUUGAUGCAAAAAAUACUUUGUAGACUGUUUAUAGCUUUACAAAUGAUGUCAAAAUUUUGAACCUUUACAAAGUGAAUAAUGUAAAUUUACUAUUUAUUGUGAAGAAUAGUAGACGUCAGAAAUUCAUGA